UGGGUUUAUCGGCAGCCCCGGGGAAAGCUGCAUCCCCUAAUGAGGCUUGAGACUUGAGCUGGCUGAGAAGGGACAACCUCCAUUAAAGAAAGAAACCAAGAACACCAUCUUCGAUACAUACACACAUCAUGCCAUCCACCCAGAACAUCUUCGCAAGCCUUCCACUCGCCCCUCCAGAUGCCAUCUUCCAGCUCACAGCUGCUUACAAGGCCGAUCAAUUCCAGCAGAAAGUCAAUCUUGGCGUCGGAGCUUACAGGGACGACAGCGGCAAGCCAUGGGUCCUACCGGUAGUUAAGACGAUCAAGAAGGAAUUGGCAGAAGACGAAAAUCUCGACCACGAGUACCAACCUAUCACCGGCUUACCUUCCUUCACCUCGGCCAGCUCGACCUUAAUCUUGGGAUCUAACAGUCCCGCCAUAUCUGAGAACCGUGUGGCCAAAGCGCAGACGAUCUCAGGGACAGGCGCAAAUCAUUUAGGUGGCCUCUUCUUGGCCAAAUUCUAUCAACCCUGGCAAGCUCUACCAGCCGAUCAGCGGGUCGUCUACCUUUCCAAUCCAACAUGGGCAAACCACAAAGCGAUCUUUGCCAACAUGAAGCUUACCACCAAAGAUUAUCCAUACUACGAUCCAAAGACGAUCGGCUUGGAUUACCAGGGAUUUGUGGAUGCCUUGAAUUCAGCCCCACCGAUGUCGGUCUUCUUGUUGCAUGCUUGUGCACACAAUCCAACUGGGGUCGAUCCAACUCGAGAUCAAUGGCAAGAACUAGCCAACAUCUUCCUCUCUAAAGGCCACUACGCCUUCUUCGAUUGCGCUUACCAAGGUUUCGCAUCCGGUGACUUGGAUAAUGACGCCUGGGCAGUCCGCCACUUCGUCGAUCGUAAGAUUCCGCUCUUGAUCUGUCAAAGUUUUGCCAAGAACGCCGGGCUCUAUGGAGAGAGAAUCGGCUGUUUGACUGUCGUCGCUAAAGAUCAAGACGAGGCCAGUCGAAUUGAGAGUCAGAUCAGCGUAUUACAACGCAGUGAGAUCUCUAACCCUCCCGCUUACGGCGCUCGAAUCGUCUCCAAGAUUUUAAACGAGCCUCAACAUUUCGAACAAUGGAAGAAAGACGUCAGAGAGAUGGCCGAUCGAAUUAUCGAUAUGCGAAAGCAGUUAAAAGAUUUGCUCGAGAAUAAAUAUAAAACCCCCGGUUCAUGGGAACACAUCACUCGGCAGAUUGGCAUGUUUUCUUUCACUGGAUUGACUCCCCCUCAAGUCGAGAAGAUGGUGGAGAAUGCUCACAUCUAUAUGACUGGUAAUGGUCGAAUUUCGAUGGCUGGAUUGAAUUCUUCCAACGUCGAGUAUGUUGCUGAUUGUAUUGACAAAGCGGUUCGAGCCAAGCUGUAAAGGACGGAUGAAUUUUCGCUGCUUAGCAUGAAGCAGGGUUGACAUCAUAAAUAACAUCCCCACUCAUCAUGUGUUAAUCUUUAAUUUUCUCCAUAAGGAUCAAGUUUCCAGUCCAGUUCACUUUGGUUGAAAACAAAGCUGAAGAGAUUUUGGAUCUGGCAUUGAACCUGCCUCGUUUGUAGUAUUUUGUUUUCCUAUCUUCACCAACUUUACCCCACUCCGUACAUAUAGCAAAUCGCCAUGUUUGUAUUUGUUUGUAUCUUCAUUCAUAGCGUCCAUCCAACGUCAAUCUGAUAAAAUGUCAUACAUCUGCGUGUUGACUUGAAACAAAUCAAGAAGUGCACAGGUUU